AUGAAUUACUGCUUGAAGGAAGGAUCCAUGGGAGCUGAGAUGGGAAACAUGGAAGCAAUUGAGACAGAGUCCGCACACCAAAAUUCUAUUCACAUUUUUAAGAAAAUAAAUCGACCCGUGACCUUACAGUUUGAAGAUGUUUCAUACAAGUUCAAAACCAAUGGGACAAGCUGCUGGUUAGGCCAAAAAACAAAAUGUGAAGAGAGAUUGAUAUUAAAAGACAUCACCGGUGCAGUACUCCCUGGAGAGUUGUUAGCCAUGCUGGGUCCUUCUGGCAGUGGCAAAACAACUCUCCUGACAGCUCUGGGCGGCCGUCUCGGUGGCCGUCUUACGGGAAAAAUAACCUACAACGGCAGACCGUUCUCCACCACCAUCAAACGGACCACCGGAUUUGUUGCUCAAGACGAUGCGCUCUAUCCUCACCUCACAGUCGCGGAAACCCUAGUCUUCACCGCCCUUCUCCGCCUACCCAAAAGCCUCGCCGAGGUGGAGAAGGUCGGUCAUGCCGAAGCGGUGAUGAGCCAACUCGGUCUGACUCAGUGUAGGGACAGCAUCAUUGGGGGGCAGUUGGUCCGGGGCAUUUCCGGGGGAGAAAGAAAAAGGGUUAGCAUAGGGCAGGAAAUGCUGAUAAACCCUAGUUUGCUGUUUCUGGACGAGCCGACUUCGGGUCUAGACUCGACCACGGCUCAGCGAAUUGUGUUCACAUUGUGGGAGUUGGCUAGAGGUGGACGGACGGUGGUGAUGACCAUACACCAGCCCUCAAGUAGGCUAUUUUAUAUGUUUCAUAAGGUGUUGCUAUUGUCAGAAGGCAGUAGUUUGUAUUUUGGGAAGGGGAGUUGUGUCAUGGACUACUUCUCCAGCAUCGGGUUUGCACCAUCCCUUGCCAUGAACCCUUCAGAUUUCCUGUUAGAUCUUGCGAACGGUAUGUCUUGGGAAAGUAAUUAUGAAAUGGAUGUAGGCAUUUUUUCUGGUGAUUCAAAAGAGAACACAACAGUUGUAAAACAAGCUUUGGUAGCUUCUUACGAGAGCAAUCUUAAAGAAAAAGUGAAAGCAGAUUCGCAAGAAAUAAGAAACCAAUUGGGAGUGAUUUCAGAAGACAAGAAGCUUGCAAGAUGGAGCAUAACUUGGUGGCAGCAAUUCAAUGUGUUGCUAAGGAGGGGUCUGAAAGAAAGAAGGCAUGAAUCCUUUUCUGUCCUUAAGAUAUGUCAAGUUACUGCGAUCGCAUUCCUUGCAGGUCUCUUGUGGUGGCAAACAAACCCUACUCACAUCCAUGAUAAGGUUGGUAUCCUCUUCUUCUACAAUGGAUUUUGGGGAUUCUUCCCUCUUUUCCAGGCCAUCUUCACCUUUCCACAAGAAAGGAGAAUGCUUACAAAGGAAAGGUCAUCUGGCAUGUAUCGUCUUUCAUCCUACUUCUUGGCCCGAACUGUGGGCGACCUCCCAAUGGAGCUUGCCUUGCCCACCUUGUUUGUCACCAUAACCUACUGGAUGGCAGGGCUUAAACCGACUAUCGUGCACUUCCUACACACCCUUUCCGUUCUUCUCUUUAGUGUCCUAGCAGCGCAGAGCUUGGGGCUUGCUCUCGGGGCUUUGGUAAUGAGUCCCAAGUCAGCCACAACUCUAGGAUCAGUCACCAUGCUCUCAUUUCUUCUAGCUGGAGGAUACUAUGUUCAGAAUGUGCCAAAUUUCAUAGCUUGGGUUAAAUACAUCUCUCUCACCCAUUACUCUUUCAAGCUUUUGUUGGGUUCUCAAUACAAGGUUGACGAUGUUUACCCUUGUGCUCCGACGGGUACUUGUUUAGUGAGGGAUUUUUCUACUGUGAGAUUUAUUGGGCUUGAUGGACAAAUGCUUUGUGUUGUUGCUUUGGCUUUGAUGCUUGUGGGCUAUAGAUUCAUUGCCUAUGUUGCUCUCAUGAAAGUGGGUGUAAUACACAAAUAA